AUGUUGCUGUACCUAACGAUUCUGACUGCCGUGGUGGCCCUAACCCAUGGACAGUGUACGGUUGAUAUCAGGACACAAUUGAAUGCCAAGGAACCAUUGUUCCUGCGCAACAACAAGUUGUGGAUUCCGGAUGGACCUUCCCUACAGUGGAACGCCGGAGAAUGGACGCUCAUUGCCUGUCCAGGAAGUACGAUCGCAAACACUGGAACUCCAACGGCCAGCAUUCAGUGCGUGUCCGGACAGACGUUCAAUCUUAACGCAGUCUACAUAAACCUUGCCCGUGUGGACAUUGCCAAUGUAUAUUGCAAUAGUCGUCCGAAGUCAUCGCACCAAAAUACCGGCCAAAGCUGUGCAAACGAUGGGACGCUGCUAAAUCUUGGAUAUGACAUACCGAACGUAGGCUUCGCCAAGUACAUCCAGUCAUGCUACAACAUGGAUACGGCUUCGGUCAUCUACACCCGUCACGUCAUUCCCGGUGGGGCUAUUGAUGGUAAAGUUAUCAAUACUUGCCGACCAAACUUCAAAGCGGAUGGAGUCCCUCAGAACGUGAAACCUGCCUCCUUAUACGUCCAGUCGUCACAGAAAAAGCGUUUCGAUGAUCUUCUAGGACAGCAACGAACUGAGCGGUACAUCACUUCACAUUCUUAUCUUGCGCGAGGACAUCUUUCGCCGCAUGCGGACGGUAUCUUCUCCACUUGGCAGUGUGCGACCUAUUUCUACGUUAAUGCUGCCCCGCAAUGGCAGGUAAUGAACAAUGGUAACUGGAGGCUGGUUGAGGAUGCAGUUCGCACCGCUGCUGGCCAUCUGAACGAGAACGUGCUGAUCUUUACCGGAGUUCAUGAUGUUCUGACACUGCCGGACGUGAAUGGUCGCCAAAUGAAAAUUACGCUCAAACCCGGCGCUAUAGAGGCUCCGAAGUGGUACUGGAAGAUCAUCAAAUCGCGAAAGUGGAAUGAAGCGAUAGCCUUUGUCAGCAACAAUGAUCCGUUCCGUACGAGCAUGUCGGCUGGAGAGAUGUUGUGCUCGGAUGUCUGUGCACAGUAUGGAUGGGAUAAUGCGAACUAUGCCAACUUUGAACGAGGUUACACCUACUGUUGUACGGUGGCGGAUUUACGCCGUGCCAUUUCUAGUAUUCCGGCCGAAGCGGAUGCAACAUAUGUGUUACAAAAACCAUAG